CCAGUUAUGAAACCCAAUCCUGCUUAUGACUCAUGGGUUCUUGUUGAUGCUCAAAUCCGGGCCUGUCUUCUUGCUAUUGUUUCUCCAACCGUUCAGACUCAUAUUCAUGCUCUUCCGUCCUCUGCUGCGAUCUGGAAUCACCUCGAACAACGGUACAAUUCUCUAUCACGUACUCAUAUUUUUCAAUUGAAGGAGCGCCUACAUAGCAUUCAAAAGGGCACUGAUUCCAUGCAAACAUACCUGGACACUGUUCUCACUAUUGUCUCAUCUCUGAAAUUGGCUCAUGAGGACAUCUCUGAACAAGAUAUUAUCCUGUGUGUGCUUCGAGGCCUCCCUACGGACUAUGCCUCGCUCAAACAAAACGUUCGUACUAAUAUUGCAACCGUCACUUUUAAUCAAGUAUCUGCGUGGUUACUCUCGGAAGAAUUAAAUCUCACCUUUGAGAAGAAAUUGCACCUUGGUGACACUGGUUCUCCAUCGUCAACAGAUCUUCACCAUGCAUUAUUCACCAAUUCAGGACGAGGUACUGGCCGGGGUCGUGGCCGUGGGCCAUAUCGUGGCCGUGGAGGGCCCUCCCGCGGCAGCAGCUACAGCGGCAGAGGAGACCGACUUCCUUCCUACCGUGAGGAACCGCGAGGUCGCGGUGGUGGGCGUGGGGUCGGCAUCACGUGUCAACUGUGUGGUAAGACCGGUCAUGCGGUCUGGAAUUGUUGGCACCGCUACGAUGAAUCUUACUCCGGUCCUCCACAGGCAUACUACACCAAUCAAUCUGCUGAAACCAAUCCGAACUGGCAUCUAGAUACUGGAGCGAACACCCAUGUGACGUCUGAUUUUUCUCGGCUACAUACUUCUUCACCCUAUCAUGGCACCAAUUCUAUUACAACUGCGGGAGGUAAUACUUAUCCUAUUGACCAUACAGGCUCAGGAUUUUAUGAUUCGGGACAACACCACCAACCAAGUUCUUUUCAAGGGCCCCUGUGAGCGUGGAUUAUAUUCUCUCCCUGCCUUCAGUUCGUCACCAGUGGUCAACUCUGUCAAAGUCACUCCCUAUCAAUGGCAUUGCCGGCUUGGUCAUCCCUCUGUUCAAGUCACCAAGUCUC